GCUCUCUCUCUCUCUCUCUCUCUCUCUCUCACUCCAAAGCACCAAGCCUACUUUCUCUUUGAAGAUCAGAGCUUUCUCUAAGCUCUCUCUAAUGGCAGCUCUGAUAGCCUAAAACCACCUACUCAUUUCAAAGCCUCAAAAUGAAACCAUUCUGCCCCUCAAACUCCCACUUCUCUCUGUUUCUUCUCUCUCUCACUUUCCUCUCUUUCCAAGCCUCGCCAGCUUCCACCUCCUCCGCCUCACCCAGCAGAGAAACCCAGCAGCUCAUCAACUUCAAAGACGGUCUCCCGAACCCGGCCAUCCUCCCCAACUGGCUCCUCAACGGAGACCCAUGUGCCUUCAAUGGCAUUUCCUGCAAAGACUCCCUGGUUUCCUCGAUAAACCUCAGCUUAGUCCCUCUGCACGCCAACUUCAGCCUCGUCUCCGCCUUCCUCCUCUCCCUCGACCACCUCGAAACGCUUUCUCUGAGACUCACGAAUCUCAGUGGCGCUGUUUCUUUCGUCCCUGGAUCCAAAUGUAACACAUUGUUGACCGCCUUAGAUCUCUCUGAAAACGGCCUCUCCGGCUCUGUUUCCGACCUCUCCUACUUGGGCGGUUCUUGCUCCGGCUUGAAAUCCCUCAACCUCUCCAGCAAUCUCCUCGAGAACCCUUCUUCUUCUUUGAAAGACGCGCCCAAGCUGGAUCUCCGGGUUCUUGAUCUCUCUUUCAACAAGCUCUCCGGCGCAACCGUUAUCCCAUGGCUCUUUCCCGCCGGUUGCAGUAGUAUGCAAUGGUUGUCGUUGAAGGGAAACAAGCUCACCGGCGAUGUAACAACACUCUCCACUUGCGAGACUUUGCAGUACCUGGACCUCUCCUCCAACAAUUUCUCUGUGGGUAUUCCUUCUUUCGGGGAUUGCUUGGCUCUGGAGCACCUCGAUAUCUCUGCCAACAAGUUCUCCGGCGACGUCGCCCACGUUCUCUCCUCGUGCGACCACCUCGCCUUCUUGAACAUCUCCAGCAACCUGUUCUCGGGUGCCGUUCCGGCGCUCCCGGUCGGGAACCUCCGCCUCCUCUACCUCGCCAGCAACGGAUUCGAGGGCGAAAUCCCCGCGUGGCUCGCCGGCGCGUGUACUUCCGGCGGCCUCGUGGAGCUUGACCUCUCGUCCAACAAGCUCAACGGUACGGUCCCGAGCGGUUUGAGCGCUUGUGCAUCGUUGGAAUCAUUUGAUAUAUCCGAAAACAACUUCUCCGGUGACCUACCGAUCGAAAUCUUUGCAAAGAUGAGCAACUUGAAGAAGCUGGACUUGUCGUUCAACAACUUCCACGGUCCUUUGCCGGAUUCUUUGUUGUCGAAGCUAGUCAAAUUGGAGACGUUGGAUCUUAGUGCCAAUAACCUUUCCGACCAAAUUCCCAGCAGUCUCUGUGAAGCUCCUGAUAAUAUCUUGAAAGAGCUCUUCUUACAGAACAAUCAGUUUACUGGGUCGAUUCCGGCGAGUUUGAGCAACUGUUCUCAGCUCGUCUCGCUGGAUUUGAGCUUCAAUUACCUCACCGGAACCAUCCCUUCGAGCUUGGGGAGGUUGUCGAAGCUCCGGGACUUGAUCAUAUGGCUGAACCAGCUACAUGGGGAAAUCCCACAAGAGCUCAUGUACAUCCUGACGCUGGAGAAUCUGAUUCUUGACUUCAACCGGUUGACGGGGGAGAUUCCUUCCGGGCUAAGCAACUGCACCAGGCUAAAUUGGAUCUCCUUGUCGAAUAACCAGUUGAGCGGCGAGAUUCCAGGGUGGAUUGGGCAGCUUUCGAACCUUGCAAUACUCAAGCUGAGUAACAAUUCUUUGUACGGGAGGAUUCCGCCAGAGCUUGGAGACUGCAAGAGCUUGAUAUGGUUGGAUCUCAAUACCAAUUACUUGAACGGGACGAUCCCACCUGCGCUUUUCAAGCAAUCUAGAAAUAUUUCCGUGAAUUUCAUAAGCGGGAAGACGUAUAAGUAUAUCAAGAAUGAUGGGAGUAAGGAGUGUCAUGGGGCUGGGAAUUUGCUCGAGUUUGCCGGGAUUAGGCCUGACCAGCUGAAUAAGAUUUCCACCAGGAAUCCGUGCAAUUUCACUAGAGUAUAUGGAGGUAAGCUUCAGCCAACAUUUUACCACAAUGGGUCUAUGAUUUUUCUUGAUAUUUCGCAUAAUAUGUUGUCGGGUGAUAUUCCAAAGGAGAUUGGGAGUAUGUUCUAUCUGUAUAUAUUGAAUUUGGGCCAUAACAAUUUCUCCGGAAAGAUUCCACAAGAGCUUGGGGACUUGACGGAUCUUAACAUUCUUGAUCUCUCUAGCAAUAGGUUUGAAGGGAGUAUCCCGCAAUCCAUGACUAGGCUUACCUUGCUUACGGAGAUUGAUCUGUCCAAUAAUCAUCUUAGUGGAAUGAUUCCUGAAAUGGGUCAGCUUGAAACUUUCCCAGCGUCUAGGUUUCAGAAUAAUUCAGGACUAUGUGGGUAUCCUCUGAAUCCCUGUGGGUCGAAUUCGGAUUCGAGUUCGAGUUCCCAGCAUCAGAAGAAUCAUCGGCGGCAAGCAUCCCUUGCAGGGAGUGUGGCAAUGGGAUUGUUGUUCUCCCUUUUCUGUAUCUUUGGUUUGAUAAUAGUUGCUAUUGAAACCAGGAAAAGAAGGAAGAAGAAAGAUGCGGCGUUUGAUGGUUAUAUUGACAGCGGUUCCCACUCCGGCAUGGCCAAUGUCAGCUGGAAGCUAACUGGUGCCCGGGAAGCGUUGAGCAUCAACCUUGCCACAUUUGAGAAGCCCCUCCGGAAGCUCACUUUUGCAGAUCUUCUUGAAGCAACAAACGGCUUCCACAACGACAGCCUUAUCGGCUCCGGAGGUUUUGGCGAUGUGUAUAAGGCGCAAUUGAAAGACGGAAGCAUUGUAGCUAUCAAGAAACUAAUACAUGUGAGCGGACAGGGUGAUCGGGAAUUCACUGCUGAAAUGGAAACCAUUGGGAAAAUCAAACACAGGAACCUUGUCCCUCUUCUGGGCUACUGCAAGGUAGGAGAAGAAAGGCUCUUGGUUUAUGAGUACAUGAAGUAUGGAAGCUUAGAAGAUGUUCUACACAACCCGAAGAAAGCCGGGAUCAAGCUGAGCUGGUCUGCGAGGAGAAAGAUUGCCAUUGGGUCUGCGAGGGGAUUGGCUUUUCUGCACAAUUGCAUCCCACACAUCAUUCACAGGGACAUGAAAUCCAGCAAUGUCCUGCUUGAUGAAAACUUGGAAGCCAGAGUCUCUGAUUUUGGAAUGGCCAGGCUUAUGAGCGCAAUGGAUACCCAUUUGAGCGUCAGCACUCUUGCAGGCACUCCCGGCUAUGUCCCUCCAGAAUACUAUCAGAGCUUCAGAUGCUCCACAAAAGGUGAUGUCUACAGUUAUGGUGUAGUUUUGCUUGAGCUGCUAACCGGGAAACGACCAACGGAUUCGGCUGAUUUUGGUGACAACAAUCUUGUGGGGUGGGUGAAACAGCAUGCCAAACUGAAAAUAAGUGAUGUAUUUGAUCCGGAGCUCAUGAAAGAGGAUCCCAGCAUUGAGAUGGAGCUUUUACAGCACUUAAAGGUUGCCUGCGCUUGCUUGGACGAUCGCCAUUUGCGGCGUCCUUCAAUGAUUCAAGUCAUGGCAAUGUUCAAGGAAAUCCAGGCAGGGUCUGAGAUUGACUCUCAGUCUACCAUUGCCACCGAAGAUGGAUGUUUCAGGUCAAUUGAAAUGGUAGAGACCAUAAAUGAAGCCCCUGAACUAAUCAAGCAGUAGCUCAACAGUUUCAACGAAUUUUCAAGAGCAUUCUUUGGAAUUAAGAAAGAAGAAAAGAAGGUGGAGAUGAUUUUGUCACCUCCCCCAAUUUUUUCCCUCUUCUUUGGCAUUUCAAAUGGCAUAAAAAAACUGCUUCUGUAUCUUUUACCAUUUAAUGUAUGUAAUCUUUGUUAUUUAUACAUAGAAGGUUGUUAACUUGUUAUAAAAGGUGUAUAUAACAGUUUCAGUAGUCUUGCUGCUUU